GUGUGUGUGUGUGCGCGCGUGUGUGUGCGCGUGUGUGUGUGUGCGCGUGUGUGUGUGUGUGUGAGGCGUGUCUGUUAGAAGUGAGAGAAGGCGAACAGAUAACUUGCGGCCACUAAACUAUCAUAAAAAUGAAGCAAAAUAAAGCAAUAAAAUAAAAGAACUGGUCCGAAACACCGAGAGACCUGAAAACGGAAUAAACAGCUGAUGCUUGUGGAAGUUUGGAGCUCUGAGGGGAAUGUUUCCUGUGUGUGUGUGUUUCCUGUCACAACAUGCAACUGUUAAGCUUUUAUUUACUGUUUACUUUCAUCACAGGAUUUAACACAUCAGAAGAGGAUCCUGAUCCAUCUCGAAUUCCACACGUGGACAGUGACCUUGUCUCUCCCUCUCAGGACGCUUCCCCCUCUGUGAUCCUGGACAUUUUCAGGACUGCACACAAGCUCCAGACCGCGAGUGUACGUCAGGGUGGAGGGGACUCUGGAUUGGGCGAUAAGACCAGAUUCCAUGUUGUUCCACAGGAAACCUCACACAAUGGACAGGAUGAAGCUGGAAGCGUGAUCUCUGACCUCGCUCACACAGCUACACACUCACUCACUGGUUCCAGCCUCGCGUUUACAGAAAAGGAACAAGCCUCGAGUCGCUUUAGUGCUGAGACACAAUGGACAGGACUUUCUGCUCACACACUGAACGUAGCCACAAGCGCUGAUUCAAAUACGCUUCCAGAAAACGGUCCACGUCCCACAGCAGUGUUCUCGGAUGUACACGUCGAUACGGACACGCCUUCACUUCACUCUGAUGUGCUCACCGUGAUGUCCACCACCGUGAUGUCAUCAGCACCCAAGGGCAGUCCAUCUCAUAUAACUACCCACAGAAACAGAGCAACAGUCGCAGAACUCGAGACGUCCGAAUCGCACGGAUUCCGUGACGUCAGAGAUGGACGUGAUGCAUCAGCGAUGUCAUCAUCAUUCACAGCCAAUGAGGGAAGACCUGCAGUUCAGCCUUCAAGCGAAAUGUCCUGGACUAAAAGUCUUCCUCAUCCAAAUCACAUGAACCCAAACUACCCAGAUUUGUCUGUUACUGAUAGAUUUCUAAGUGACUCCGUGUCACACCUCCAGGCCUCGGAGUCCAACAGCAUCACGUAUGUGAGUGACGGCACGUCGAGGUCAUCGGCAUCAGCACACACGGCGGAAACGGAUCGCUUACCUCGAUCGACUCGUAUCAACAGAAACGUUUCCGGACAUACGGCCUUGUCGCGUUUUGAUGAUGUAAGCGCCACGACUGACCCACCCAGAGCUUCACUAGGUGUAGCCACAUCUACACUUUCUGACAUGUUGGAAAAUCUAUCUACAACAAACAGGAAAAGGGCGGAGUUUUACUCGUACACUCCGCAUUACACCAGUUCCCCAAACACAGACUCCACACCAACUGAAUCAGCGACUCCACAGGCAUCACACACUGUCCACACUGAAUACACUACCAUCCCUGUACAAACUACUAACCCCCAGCUGAGUGAGUCACACACACACACACACACGCACACUGAAAUCCUUCCUACUCGCUCGGAUUCAGGCUCGGGUUCUGUUGCAUGGAUGAGACAGGACUUCACCUCUACACCAGCUUCACCUUCAGCACACACACUGACUCCUGGUGAUCCCAUGAACUCUUCUACGGUUCCGAUCGGCUCCUGUAGGUCUGCUAGCGCGACCCGUCAGACCGACCCGACCACCACGCUCGGUCCCAUCACAGCUCCGUAUGGAACGACGGACACAGACUCUGCGUCUGAAUUACAGACACAAACUGACAAUAAGACUGAAGAGAUCACAGAACUGAACAGUAUAACAUCAGAUCUGCCUCACGUGACGGCUCUUAACGCUGACUCUCGACCAACGAUGGUCACACAUCACCAUCCAUCAACAUCUAGGAACGAUCCUGAGACAACACCACCUUUGAGCCCAGCUGUUACACCACCAUCACUUCUGACGUCUCACUCAUUCGACACUGUGACCACCAGCACACCUUCUGCAAACCUUCACACGACUCUUAUAACGACCCGACGGCCUGAGACGCGAAUUCCAAACCAUCUCACUACAAGCAGGAACACGCAGAUUGUCCAGCAGCCUGAAACAACAACAACAACACACCGAGUGCACACACACACAAACACACACACAAACACACACACAAACACCGAAACACACACAACUUUAACCCCUGUGAUCAAUCAAACAUCUUGGCGUCGCAAUUUCACUAAGAAACCCGAAAAAGACCGGUCACAAAAGGGGCGGGUCUUCAUCAUGGAGGACCAACCAGCAAUCAUCAAGGAGGAAACCUUCCAGGUGUUGUUGCAGGUGAUACUGGAGGAGAACUCACCCCCAUACGCAGGACUUGUGGAGGUGGAGCCGUUUUUACAAAAUGUAUCAGGAUACCAAAGCCAGCAUGUCACCUGGCACAGUGGUCCAGUUGUGCAGUCUGUGGUCACGUUCAGGACGGUGGAGGCCGUCUCAUGGCUCGAGAGGGCGGGGUCUCUCUUACAGGAGGCGGGGCUUAAACCACUUCCAACAGGGGGGGUUUUUGUGAGCGGAAUCCAGGUCAAAAACAUCACAGUGGGAGGACUGCACAGUGAUGUGUGUUCUUGGUUGUUUUCUUGUCCAUCUGACUUCUCCUGUGUCUCUUCUGAUGGAAACGUCACCUGUAAGUCAGUGUGCCACUCUGAGUACUGCAAGAACCAUGGCAUCUGUGUCCAUCGGUCCGGACAGAACCCAGUCUGCCAGUGUCCUGUGGGUGAGGAUUUCUGGUUCAUGGGUCAGCACUGUGACCUCCGUAUGACCCGGCAGAGAUUGGCUGGUUUGUGUUCUGGGGUUUUAGCCGCAAUAGCAGCUCUGAUGGGGCUCCUGGCUUAUCUCGCUGUACAGCGCUUUAAGAAAACCCUUAUACAAGCCAAAGCAGAACAGACACAGAGCAGUUACCGCAGAUUUAACCACUUUGAUGAGCUGUCAGCUCGUUUUUGGAGAAGAUCCUGGCCUGGGUCUCAGGACUCGCUGGAUAACACUGCGUUCAGUCAUUCUGAUGAGUUACUGCAUAUGAGAGCACUGGACCAGGCCUGUUGUUACCAUGACGACACACUCUCCCUCGCCUCCACCUACCCAGAUAGCGUUACACACCUCAAUACGGUGUAUCCUCACAGCUCUCAGUAUCACUGGGACAUGAGCACAUGCAGCCUAGCGGACGGUGUGAUUGACUCAGGAAAGGCCAGUGACCUGUCUGUGUGCAGCUGGCCGAUUGAACCCAUCCAGUGGACACCUUUCCCUUUACUACAGCAACUCAGACACACAGACACGGUGAAACCCUCUCGUCCUCGGUCGUACUGUGAGGGUAUGGAGCUGGUGGGUCUGGAGAAGAGUCGGACGGCGUAGUGAGGGAUUCAUGCAGCUCGUAACACACACUCAGGACUCGGGACACUCACUGAAGAUGACGUAUUUACUUGAAAUUGUAGAAGCAGAAACAUGCAACGCAACGCGGUCUGUUUCUCUUGGUGACUUUCUUCCCUGAUGAAAAGAUUAUUGUGGUGUUUUUUGACACGGUUUGAAUUAAACAUCACUCUUUAUA